ACAGCACGUCGUGCCAUGGCCACCAGCCUGCUCCGCGUUCCCCCUCCCGAGGAACUGCUCCGGCCCCUGGCCGUGCCGGAGAGGCUGCUGCUCGGGCCAGGGCCCAGCAACGUGCCCCGCCGCAUCCAGGCUGCGGGAGGGCGGCAGCUCCUGGGCCACAUGCACCCUGAAAUGCUGCAGGUGAUGGAUGAGAUCAAGGCGGGAAUCCAGUACGCAUUCCAGACGCACAACCGGCUGACCCUGGCCGUCAGCGGCAGCGGCCACUGUGCCAUGGAGGCCGCUCUCUUCAACCUGCUCGAGCCAGGGGACACCGUGCUGGUGGCCGUCAACGGCAUCUGGGGACAACGUGCCGCCGACAUUGCCAGGAGACUGGGAGCCAAUGUCUGUGAGCUGCUGAAGGCCCCGGGCAAGUACUUCACUCCACAAGACAUUGAGCAGGGCCUGGUGCAGCACAGACCUCUGGUGCUCUUCAUCACCCACGGCGAGUCCUCCACGGGGGUGCUGCAACCCCUGGAGGGGCUGGGCGAGCUGUGCCACCGGUAUGGCUGCCUGCUGCUUGUGGACUCUGUGGCAUCGCUUGGGGGAGCCCCCAUCUUCAUGGACCAGCAGGAGAUCGAUGUCCUGUACUCGGGGUCCCAGAAAGUCCUCAACGCACCCCCUGGCAGUGCCCCCAUCUCGUUCAGUGAGCGAGCCAGGGAGAAGCUGCUGAGGAGGAAGACGAUGCCCCCGUCCUUCUAUCUGGACAUGGGCUUGUUGGCAAACUACUGGGGCUGUGACGGGGAGCCGCGGAGGUACCACCACACAGCACCCAUCAACAGCUUCUUCAGCUUGCGGGAAGGCUUGGCCGUGCUGGCGGAGCUGGGUCUGGAGAACUCGUGGGAGCGACACCGGGCCAACUGCACCCGGCUGUGCCAGGGGCUGCUGGACAUGGGGCUUGAGCUCUUCGUGGAGGAGGAGAGGGCCAGGCUCCCCACCAUCACCACCGUCAGGCUGCCUGACGGCUACGACUGGAAGGACAUCACGGCCUUUCUGAUGGACAACCACGGCAUGGAGGUGGCUGGGGGCCUGGGCCCCACGGUGGGCAAGGUCCUGCGCAUCGGCCUCAUGGGCUGCAACUCGACCAGCGACAACGUGGACCGAGUGCUCGCAGCCCUGCGGGAUGCCCUCAAGCGCUGCCAGCGCAGCCGGCUGUGA